UCUUUCCGCUUAGAGGCUACUGAGGUUCCUGUGGCUUCCUCGGAUUUACCGUGACACGCAGUCUUGUUUAAUGUGUGAGAUCCUUCUGAGACCGUGAACUACCGAGGUGUCCGCUCAAAGCUGUCCGAAAAGAGCCAUCGGCUGAGAGAAGAGGCACAAUGGAUGAAGAGGAGCAGUUUGUGAAUAUCGAUCUGAAUGACGACAAUAUCUGCAGCGUCUGCAAAUUAGAGACUGAAACGGGGACCCUGUCCUUCUGCCAUGUCUGCUUUGAACUCAGCAUCGAGGGCGUCUCCUCAGCCUCCUUAUUGCACUCGAAGUCGCUGCGUGGCCACAGAGACUGCUUUGAGAAAUGCCACCUCAUUGCCAAUCAGAAGUUGUCCCAUUCCAAGGUCUCCAGAAGUGCCUAUGAGGGUAUGAAGCUGGCCCUCAGCCAGAAGCUGAACCGCAUCAUCCAGUUCGCCCAGAACAAAGACUCGCUCUCCUCCAGCGGCUGCACCAGACGGGGAGCAAAGCUCCUUUGUUACAGCCAGCAGGGCGAGCGCAAGCUGCUGCCCCAGUCUGACGCCCAGGUGCCCCGCUACGCCCCCUGCUGGGACAGGUCCGGGGCGACGGGGCUGCCGGCGUACGCAGCGGGGAUGCUGGAGAGUCAAACAACCGAGGAGGUGGAGCUGCUGCGCGAGUCGCAGGCCGAUGGUUGGAGCAGGGAUGGACGGAAGGAUCUGCACAGCUGGAAGCAGUCAUCGGGACAGAAGCAGCACAGAAACCAGGGGCACAGCAGGGACGAAUUGACUAAAAUGAGUGUGGAUGAGCUCCAUCAGCUGAACAGCCAAAUGCUGAAGCAGAUUGAAAAGGUCUUUGAGGAGCUGACGGCCGCCGUGCAGGAGAAGGACGCCUUGGCGUCGGAGCUGCACGUCCGUCACGUCGCCAUCGAGCAGCUCUUUAAAAACUGCACCAAACUGCCCUGGUUGCACAUCAGCAGGGCCGGCGUGAAGGCCAGCACCAGUGGAGCCGCUGUGGAAUGAAGGGCUGGAAGACGGCACAGCCCCAAAGGUGGAUUCUCUGAAGAUGAUGAUGAUGACGAAGUGGACUGCCUCAGCAUGGAGGAAGCCUCUGGAUUCCACUAGACUUUUACACUAUGCCGCCAUUAAGCCACCGGCUCUGCAUCCGCACAAGUUACCAAGGGCUCGGUUGUUCUGCGGGCACAGAAACGAUGCGAGGGUUUUCAGUGCUUGGCUUGUUGCAGCUUGAAUUGCCACCUGCUGAUUACCCAGGAUGCAUGUUGAGAACAGCGAGUUCCAGCGUAGAACUGGAAGGGAACCUCGGCGUUUUAACGUGCUGCAGAUCCUUAAGGAAAAACGUUUUUUGUUUGAAUUGACUUUUAAUAUUUGCUGGUGAUGUUUUUUUUUUUACUGUGAGUUUUAUUUUGUACGCUGUUCGAUAAUUAAUCAAUUUCAUUGUGCUCGGCACAAUUUCACCUUGGUUCUCUCGAACAAAGUAGCUACGGACAUUCAGUUUUUUAGUAUUUCUUCAAUUUGUUUUCAGUUAAGAUAUGAGAAUCAGUAUUUUGGUCUUUGAAAAAUGAAAGUAUUUUAUUCAGUCAAGCUUCCUAGCUGCACAAUAAUUACCUAAAACAGGUAAUGAAAUGGGAUGUGAGAUUGUCCUGAAACUGCUCUGUUUGGAUAUGAGAACUGACUGUCUGAUAUCAGUAAACCACUGCUUGUCCAUUUAUAUUUCUUUAUAGUUAAGUAUCAUCAUAAAUUAUGGAUAAAAAAUGGUCAUAAAAUAAUCUAAUAGUUAUUUUCUGAAAGCUUUAUUUUCUACCUUUCGUCCAUUUAUUGUCUCUGGUCCUUGUUUGGGUCAGAUGAUUAUGGUCCUAGAUCUAAGCAUCAGUAGUUUAAAAAUGACUUAUAGUCAACCUUGAGGAAAUUAGUUAUGAGUAACUUUACACCUUAAAGUCCUCCAAAAGAUACCAAAAAGCAUUAAUUUACACCAAUUCAGUAUUUGGGAACAAUGUACACACUAGAUUUCUGUUAGUUUGGUUUCUAAUUAUGUUUUAAUCAUGACGUUUUACACUCUGUUGCCUAAGGAGACGUGUUAUAUGAAACUUCCCUUCAGUCUAUGUCCAUUCUGUUACUUCUGGUGUAAUCAGUUUCCCAUUUCAUACAAAACAGUGCGAUGUCCAUCGUGUAGCUGUCGAGCACAAAGCACCAUGGAUGGUUAUACACUUAUUCAAAAAAGAUGGAGCUUCUGAAAAGCAAACCCAGUUGCAAUACCAAAGUCUGUUCUGCAUUUUAUUUCUAAAAAAUAUGAUGAUGAUGCAACACCAAACAGAUUUGAUAACCCAUGUGACUUAUCCUUACUUGCUUUCAUGUGUUCAGAGUGUACUUUAUUGAUUCGUUCUCAAGUUGCUUUCUUUCUGUCCUGUUUAAAUGUGUCGGAGCAAAGUGUCCACAUAGCAAUACAAACAGGGCGGUUUGGUCUUCAGUGCCUAUGGAUGUCCCUAACUUUUAAACAAAGGAAGACAAAGGUAUAUGAAUCCUAUGCAAGCUACAGACUAAAAUACAUACGGCCUUAUCGAGAGAGUAUUGGUUUGACUUUUCUUCAGAGGGCGAGGUCGCCGAUUUUAAGAGUUUCUAAGCUUGAUGUGUAGAAAAACUCAGCAUUAUGUGUAUUUUGCUCUCUUUGUAAGAGAUUAGAUGUUUUUGACCCUUCUUAGGGUCUAAAGAAAAGGUUUUAGCUCAGUUUUAAGCUUUUUUUCCCCAUGGGUUUUAUUUUAGAUGGUUAUUUGCCAUCUGCUUAAGUGCGUUUUUGCUUGGUGGUUUUUUGUGUUUUUUUAAACCCUUUUAAAUCUUUGGUUGUACAUUUGUUUUUGAGUUGCUUUUGUGUGCUGUUAGAACAUGUCUGGGACUUUCUCCCUGCUCGGUGGGAGAACCAGUCCCAUUUUACUGUGGUUCCAUUAUCUCCAACUGAAAAUGGAGGUGUAUCUGUUACACUUCUACAUUAGUUGUAGCCUAACUGUUCAUUUCCUUAAAAUUGUUUUUUUUUUUUUUGUUCAUGGCUGAAUCUGUCUUUAAUGUAUUUGCAUUAUAUUUAUUCUGUGUGGAAUAAUUUGUCUUUUGAAUUGUGCUUAACUUAAAUAACUUGUUUUUCCAAUAAAAAUAAAAAUGCAGGUAUUUUUACAUUAUC